AAAAAAAUAUUGUUAAAUAAUUAUCAUUUAAGGUGGUUCAUUAAUUCACCUGAAAAUUCAUGAAUCAAAAAUGGAAAUCACAGUCAUUAAAGAUAUUUACAAUGUGAUUUGGUAAAGGCAACAUAGAGUUAAUCUGCUGUGGCCAACUAAAGAUGGAAAAUCAUUAAUUCACAAGAUCAGAAGUAGGAAGUUUUUUUCUUUUCUGAGAUUUUAUGGUACUAAGAAUCUCAAAAAGAUUCAAUCAUGGAAGGAAUGCAUGUAUCUGGCAAUAUAUAUUCAUAUACUUCGUCCUAAAAAGGGAAAUUGAUUGUCAUUUGCUCAUAUUACCAUAAAUUAUUCCUGAAAUUUCUGAAUCUUAAUUUGUUUUGUCUCAAUUCAUAUCUCCUUUCAACACUAUAAAUUGACGACAAUUCUAGACACCCAAACCAUCAAUCCUCUCAAGUAUAGCCUCCAUCUUCUCCUAACAAUGGCAGCUAUUGUCAAUCCUAUCACUCUUUUAUUCCAUGUCCUUGCCAUCGUUGGCCUCUCUUGUCUUUGCCUUAUUGAGGCUCAAAAGGGUGGUUUCAGUGUUGAAUUAAUCCACCGUGACUCCCUCAAGUCCCCCUUAUACAAUCCCUUGGAAACUGCCUCUGAUCGCGUAACCAAUGCCUUGCGUCGUUCCUUUAGUCGUGUACAUCGCUUCAAACCAAAUUCGGUCUCAACGAAGGAAGCGGAAGGUGAUAUUAUUGCCAAUGCGGGUGAAUACCUGCUGAAUAUAUCCAUUGGUUCUCCAGCUUUUGAUAUUGUUGCUAUAGCUGAUACAGGAAGUGAUCUUAUUUGGACUCAAUGCAAGCCUUGCUCCCAGUGUUUCCAGCAAGAUGCUCCCCUUUUUGACCCUAGCGACUCAUCCACUUACAGAACCAUUUCUUGCAGUGCAAGUCAAUGUGAGAACCUUAAAGGAAGCUCUUGUUCUAGUGAUAACUCUUGCCAAUAUUCAGUCACUUAUGGUGAUAAAUCUUUUUCGAAUGGCGAUCUAUCUGCUGAUACAGUCACCUUGGCUUCGACAACUGGUCGCCCUGUAGCUCUUCCUAAAACAGUCAUCGGAUGUGGACAUAACAAUGAUGGAACUUUCAAUGAGAAAACUUCUGGCAUCAUUGGACUUGGAGGUGGUGAUGUUUCGCUUAUUUCCCAAUUGGGAACUACAAUUGCUGGCAAAUUCUCCUAUUGCCUGUUGCCUAUUUCCCAAACAGGAAAGUCAAGCAAAAUGAACUUUGGUUCCAAUGCUAUUGUUUCAGGGAAUGGCGUUGUUUCCACUCCAUUGACUAAAAAAGAGCCAGACACUUUCUACUUCCUCACCCUGGAGGCAGUCAGUGUUGGAAGCGAAAGAAUAAAGUUUACAGGUUCUGUUUUCGGAUCAGAUGAUGGUAACAUCAUCAUUGAUUCAGGCACUACAUUGACCUUAGUCCCAGAAGAGUUUUACUCACAAUUGGAAUCAGCCGUUUCUAGCCAGAUUAAUGCGACAAGGGUUCAAGGUCCAGAGGGUUUGAGUUUAUGCUACGAUGCUCAAACUGACUUUGCAGUUCCAGAUAUUACAGUGCAUUUCACUAAUGCUGAUGUCAACUUGCUGCCCUUGAACACCUUCGUCUUGGUUUCCGACGCAGUUGCGUGCUUUACCUUCAGUUCUAAUCAAGAUUUUGCAAUCUAUGGUAACUUGGCACAGAUGAAUUUCUUGGUUGGCUAUGAUACAGAAAAGCAGACCGUCUCCUUUAAGCCCACAGAUUGCUCUAAGAAUUAG